ACAUAGAUAAACAUAUAUUAAUCAGGAUAUACACCUUUAUAUGUAGAGCUGAUAUACUUAUGAGUUCUCACUAAUUAAAUUAAUACAAACUGUUAAAAGUUCUCAUCAAAGCUCAUAGCUUGCAAAAUAUAAGCCCUAGCCACGAGUCUAAUAUAUUAUGCAGCUUAGGCGGGAUUAUACCUACACUAGUUAGUACUUCUUACAAAUGUAUUUACUCUUAGUAUAAUAUUUAUAAUGAGUUUCCCGUCAAUCUAUAGGAAGUUAUAUAUUUUUAUACAGAUAAACAAAACACUAUUAGACAGUGGAUUUUACGAUGGCACUAAGUAUAUAAUUUAUAUAUAUAUGCAUACCAGCCCAUAUAUAGCACAAAAUAUUUUUAUUUGUCAAGCUUAUGAACCAGCAGCGUAUGACCUGUAAUUGUUAGCUAGGUGUACCUUUCGCAUAAUGUCCCUUUUGGUAUUAAGGACAUUCUACUAACAAAUUUAAACUUAAUCUCAGCCAAUAAAUCAUACGAGCUACAACGACCCCUAGAUCUAGCCAGUAUCGACACCUACUCUGAUUGACAUUUUUUACUAGUUAAAUGCCGACAAACAUAUCCUGAUAACUAGUAUAAAAGAACCUGUUACGAGUUAUUGGUUAGAAUCGAACUAUUUUCCUAUAAAUUGUAAAACACAAAAUGGAAGACAAAUUGUAUAGUAUAUUUUUCCCUCUAUCGGAAAAUAAAAGUUCAAUAAAAAAAGACGUAAAAUAGUGUAAAUGCACAUAACCAACCACUGAUUCAAGUGUCUUCCUAUAUUUGCCCUAGACACGUGGCUUUUUCCUAUUCCCGAAUGUUAAUCUCUUCGGCCACCGGAAAGACACAGAAAGAAUAUAGAGAAAAAGAGAGAGAGAGAGAGAGUGUGUGUGUGUAGUGAAUAGCUAAGGAGGUGAGAGAGAAAGAGAAGAGAGAUGGAUCAAGAUCACGAGUUAUGGAGGACGCUAAGAUGCGCCAGUAAAGCACAAGAUAAGACUUCUGUUGAUACUCUCAUGCUUAAGUACCGUCCGAUCGCUCCAAAGCCGACGACCACUGGUCAACCAUUUGUCGGAAGCACGAGCACGACAAGAACGAAGAGAAAGUACGUUAGGGUUUCUAAAAACAAUAAAGCCACGUGUCGAUCAAAGAACGACGUUAGAUCUAGCUCAACAGAUCCAGAGAAUGGUCGGGAAGAUCUCGUGACGCUACAGCUCAUGCCGGAGAGAUCUACACCGUUGAGUUUGGAUCUUAAUAAUUUUGAUCCAACGGUAAAAACAAUAAUCGGAGAUGAAACCUGUAGAACCGGAACGUGGCUAAAGUUCAACGGCGGAGAAGACGCAGUGCAUCAGGUUCCGGUGGAGACGUGGGUGACGGUGGAGUCCGUAAACGGUGGCUCCGCUUCCCAUGCGGUAGGGUGUACGGACGAGGAGAUUGCGGAGGCUAUAGAUAAAGACACGCGUCCUGCUUUCAUAUCGGACGGUUCGAACCGUGUGGUGAUGGUGAACGAAUCUUACCGGAAGACUGUAACCGGAGACUGUGGGUUUGGAGGAGAGCCGUCGUCGUUGUUGCCGGAAGUUAUUGUGUGGUUGGUGGUUGACCAAACGGCCACGUUUUACGAGUACAGAACUUUCACGUGUAAGGUGAGGCUUGAAUACACGUGGCGAGAGACGAAGUAUGUUAAAACGGUGCCGUGUGAUGUGUGGAAGAUGGAGUUUGGUGGAUUUGCAUGGAGGCUAGACACCACUGCAGCUUUAACUCUUUGGCUGUGAGCUAGAGAUGCGAGAAGGUAAGACUAAUUAAGAUCAAGAUGUGGUUAAGGUCAUAAUCUCAAACCUUUGGUUUAUUGGGAAAUAAUAAGAAUUACAAAAGAGAAACGAAAUUAUAUAAUGCUAUAUGUAUGGGAAGAUCUUGAGAAUCAAGUCUUUCGGAAUAAAUUUGUGUGUGAAAACCUUUUAUAUAUAUAGAUUGGAAAUUGCCAUAAUGUCA